AUGGGAACCAUUUUUGUUCUAUUAAUGUUAUAUUUGGCGACAGGCAAGAGUGGAGUGGAAGGAGCUCGAAGUAUAUCCAGAAAACAAGAAUAUGAUGAUCUUGAUUUGGAGAUGCAAUUCAAGCUUCUUAACAAACCACCAGUGAAGUCCAUAAAAUUCCUCUGCUACCUGAAAACAGAAAUUUAUGCGAUCGUUUUUGUACAGACCAAGUAUGGAGAUAUUUAUGAUUGCGUGGAUAUCAAGAAGCAGCCAGCAUUCGAUCACCCCUUACUCAGAAAUCAUACCAUUCAGAUGAAACCCAGUUCCUUCCCAAUAGGGAUGAUUAACAAAGAAUUAUUAGAAUCUAAACCUUCAAAAGUCAGAGUAAAGAGUAGUGGGUGUCCACCACGGACAGUCUUAAUACAGAGGAUUCAAAAGGAGGAUAUAAUAAGGGCCAAAUCUCAAGUAAGAAGACAUCCUGGAAAUGUCGACCUGCUCACAACAAAAAACCCUGGGUAUCAUUUUGCAACAUUUCAACUAGGAAGAUCGGAUGUGAAAUAUUAUGGUGGCUAUGUAAGCUUAGCCUUAGAUCAACCAAAGGUUUCUUCAAUCAACCAAUUCAGUGAAGCAGUAUUAUGGGUUGAAAAUGGGCCAGUGGAUCAACUCAACAGUCUUCAAGUUGGAUGGGCAGUAAAUCCAAAGUUAUUUGGGGAUAAUAGAACUCGGAUGUUUUCAUAUUGGACGGCAGAUGGAUUUCACAAGACAGGUUGCUUUAAUCUCCUCUGCCCAGGUUUCGUACAAGUCAGCUGUAUAAAGACCUUUGGUUAUCUCUAUUCUGAUACUUCCCCAUAUGGGGAUCUUCCAUUUGAGGAUGAGUUUAUUCUGUUCAAGGAUCCAGAAUCUGGAAAUUGGUGGUUAGUUACAUCUUCUACAUCUAUAAGUGGAGAACAUGAGUAUAUCGGAUAUUGGCCAUCAUCCCUAUUCACAACUUUAAGGGACUCUGCAUCUAUUAUAGCAUCUGGUGGGGAGGUCUAUAGCCCAACAAGUGAACCUAGCCCUCAGAUGGGGAGGGGCCGUUUACCAAUAAUACAAGAUGACGAUCGCCACGCAACUUGGUACUCAACUUAUGCCAGAAAGUUACAAUUCGUGGAUGAGAAAUUUUCCUUUGUGAAUCCUGAUGCUUCUUUAUUAAAGAUUCACAUGGAUAGUAUUGCAUGCUAUAAGGCAGAAUCUUUAAUUUCUCACAACCCGUAUAGGAUAAAUACGAUCUUAUUUGGAGGACCAGGUGGGCAAUGUGGAAUAUGA